AUGGGUAUCGAUAUAAACACUCUAAAAAGAGCAGAACUAUUAAGGAGUUAUUGGAAGUUUUUCUGGCUAAUAAGUUGUACAAUUUAUUUGGAAUAUGGUUUGAUAAGUUUUGUGGCGCAAAGUCUUUCGAACAUAGAUGAGGCGACUGGGGCCUUGUCCAUGUUCAAUCAGGGUUGCUUGAUUUUAAUUAAAGUUACGGUGUUUAUGGCCAAGGGAGAUAAAUUUAUGAAGUUAAUUUGGGAUAUGAAUCUGUUGGCGGAGAAGGCCAAUACCGAGGAGUAUAAAAAAUGGCUGGAGGAAAAUCGUCGCUCUCAGCUUAUAGGAAAAAUGUAUUUCUAUGCCUGCUGGGUGGCGGUGGCUUGUGCGGGCAUAGUGCCCAUAAUAUUUAUGGUCUAUGACUAUAAACAAAAUAGUGGUUUCAAUAAGAAACUACCCUUUGGAGGCAAAUUUCCCUUUGACAAGGGUGGUGUAAUUGUCUUUGCUCUCAAUUAUAUAUUAUCCCUGAUCUAUAUCUAUGCUUUGCUCAAUAUGACAGUGGGCAUUGACACUCUUUAUGGCUGGUAUAUACACAGUAUAUCGGCCCAUUUUCGCAUUUUGAGAUGUAAACUACAAAGUACCGCCUUAAAGCUACAAAACAAUGAUUGUAUAGAUUUUACCCAAGAUAUUGGCUUAAUAGUUCAUUACCACAAUGCUACAUUAAAAUUUACCCAAGGCUUGAAUGCCAACUUUGGUGAGAUAUUAUGGGCUGAGGUAAUGUUGAGUUGUUUGCAAAUGUGUUUUGUGGUUUAUACCCUAAAUAAUGAUACCGAUGUUUCGAAUAUGCCAUUUAAUUUUAUGGUUCUGGUGGCAGUUGUGAUGCAAUUGAUAAUCUAUUGUUUUGGCGGAGAGAAAAUUAAGAAUGAGAGUUUAAUGUUGAGCUCGGAUUUUUAUUUGAACUUUCCGUGGCAUAAAAUGUCUGCUCAGCAGAAGAAACUUAUGCUGUUGCCUUUGAUGCGCUCGCAAAAGUUAUCGGUCUUAAGGGGUCUGUUUUUUGAAGUGGAUCGUAAUCUGUUGGUUUAUAUUUUAAAGUCGGCCUUUUCUUUCAAUGCCUUACUCUCGGCCAUGAAGGAAUAA